AUGAAAUUAGAGGCUUUAAGGGGAAGGCAGAAGUGUGCCGAUUGGGGAGGGAUAGAGUACCUCGCGACAGCGAGGGGGCAGAAUUGGAGUCUGAGGACACGUGCUGCACAGACAGAGAGUCAGCGGCUGCAGCAGCUCCAGCAGCAGCAUCAGCAGGAUCAGCAGCACCAGGAAAAACAGCAGCAACAGCAGCAGCAACAGCAGCAACAGCAGCAGAGUGAAGCAGAGGCUCUUUCUUUGUGGGAAAAACUCCUUCGUAAGGAAGAAGAUGAAGCCCUACCCAGAAGGCCCAAAGUCAAGACGACUGUCCGGAGGUUUCGGGUGUAUCCGCCUGCUGGAGGUCAAGAGUUGCGUCGCUUAGAAAGGGGAUAUUCUUCUUAUCUUUAUUGGGAGACAGCAGCAGGAACGCCGCUACAGUUGCUGCAGAUUGGAGACAAAAGGAGACAGACAGAAGCUGCAGCAGCAAGGACAACAGCAGCAACAAACGUAACAGCAGUUACAGCAACAGCAGCAGCAGCAGAUAGUCCGGCAGCAGCAGCUCCAACGGCAGCAGUUCAAAGCAGCACCAAAACCCACUCAACGCCUGCCUGCCAGCAGCAGCAGCAACAACAACAGCGACGGCAGCAACAACAGCAACAAGAACAGCAGCAACAGCAGCAAGAGCAGCAGCAACAGCAGCACCAGCAGCAGCGUUAUGCUGCAGCAACUGCAGACGCUUUCAUCUCCACGCGUUUACAACUCGAACUUGCAGCAAUUCAAUAUAGAAGAAAUGCCACGCAACCAAUACGCGCGCAGCAGUCCCUUGCAUACGUUCAGCAGCAGCAACAACAGCAGCAGCAACAGCAGCAGCAGCAACACCAGCAACACCAGCAUGGCUUACACGCGGGAUGCUUUGCCUCCAGCAACGCUGUUGCUGCAGCAGCAGCAAAGGCUGCCUGUGCUCGCCGAAGAGCAGCAGCUGCUGCCGAAGUUGCAGCUGCAGCAGCAGCAGAAGCAGCGGUCGCAGAAGCUGCUGCUGCUGCUGUUGCAGAAGCCGCUGCUGCUGCUGCUGCAGAACGAAGGAGACAGCCAAUUCCCCUUGUUUUGCAAACUGAAAAUUUGCAUCUCCGUGCAGCAGCAACAACAGCAACAGUAACAGCAGCAACAGGCGAGGCAGGAACAGCAGCAAGAGCAGCUACUCUUGGACGCGCCCUUGCAGCUGCAGCAGCCAACGCUCUGUCACAUACAAACUCAGAAGAAGGAGGGUACCGUAGGCGACUAAAAGGCGACAGCAGCAAUUGGAGUCCUUUGGGACCUCUAAACUGUUCACAAGAAACUGUGCAGCCUUUCGAAUCACCCAGAGUUAUCCAUCAGCAGCAACAGCAGCAGAAGCAGCAACAGCAGCAGCAACAGCAACAUCAACAGCAAAAAUGGCAGGGAGGUGCGGCAGAAGCUCGGCUGGCCCUCUUGACUGGCGGAGGCAAAAAUGCCCCUACGCAUGAGACAAAGAUUGUGAACAAACUGGCUGAUGCUAAGAGCUUGGGGCUUCGCGACGGCAUAGAAGUGCGUCCUUCCAUUAUAGACUUUGGCAAUGUUUCUGCUGGCUGCAGUAGCUCCUGCGAGGUGUCUGUGCUGCUGUUGGGGCCCCACAGCAGCAGAUUUAAGGCAGAAGUUGUUGCAGUUAAAGGCAUUGCUCCUGCAGCUUUUGAAAUCACAGGAGCAACGACAGGACAAAGUGUGCUUCGGCAGCAACAGCUCCCAGCCCAUUAA